AUGCCGGCUGCAGCUGUUGAUCUUUUGUUGUUCGCAUCGUUCCGCCCCGGCUGGUGUAGAGACGAGGACGCGUGCGAUGAACCAGGGCCUGCCGACGAAUCGACAAUAAUGAGCGUCUUCACAGAACCCACCGCUGCCCACAAGGGCAACGACCGGGCUCGAUUCCCCCUCUACCUACGAACGUCCAAGUUUUGGCUGCGACUCCUUCGCCCCUGGAAAUGGCGCAACCUGAAGAAGGACCGCGACAAGAACGGUAUCGUGCGAAGCGGAAGCGCCGACCUCGUGCGCACCACCACAAAGUGCCCGCCAUCGCCUUCGUUGCCAGAGCUGAAGCGCCACCAGAGCUACGACGAAGAGGCGAUGUGCACGAAGAACGGGCGGCUCAGCGCCGAUGUUUCUGAGCUGAGCGCCGCCCCGACCAAGUCGCACGACCACCUCAACGGCACCUUCGAUCAAGGCACCGAGACGUCGCCGAGCGUGUCCGUGAUCCGCGUCGAGGAGAACUUGCAGCUGAGCGCCCGUCAAGUCAUCAUCGUUCGUGACGGCCACAACGCCGCCAAACGCAGCCCGAGAAGCGAACCCGUCGACGCCGCCGUGGUCACCGACAGCAAGAAGUGGCCGGAAUCGCGGGAGGAGCUGCCGGCGGCGAAUC